GUUGCAAACGGGUCGCAAAAAUUUGUGAAGUUCACUUCGACCAUCCAGAACCAGCUGCUGCUUGUGUCACUGCUGGAGCAUCUCUGCCACAUGUACACGCACAACCCCGUUCACUCCAGGGGUUUGUUCCGAAGUUAGUAAGAGGAGCUCAUUCCUGUCUCUCAAACCGCCUUGCUGCAAUGUGUACCAGACCUUCUGAGUAGAGUUACAGUGUAAUACCAGUACAAAGCUGUAGGUUUCAUCCCACUGGAACAAGAAUGAUUCUGUGAAGAGGAUGAAUGCCUUGAAUCAACUAAACUGGCAAUGACAACUUGUCUUAUUUUUGAAAACAGUAACAGAAUAUUGCUGUAGAUGUAAGGAUCAGGCAGUUCUGCUUCAGCUAGAUCAUUUCUUCGUCAGACUUUCACAAGAACAGGGUUACUCUCCCCUUUUGUCUUUUGUGAUGAAUUUAGUACUAUAAGACUGCAGCACAACAGAGCCAUUACUGAACUGAUGAAAGCAGCUAAUCAACAAGUGCUUAACGGGGAACUUGAAAACGGAGAGUCUAUUGCAAUUGGGGAAAAAGAAGUUCUCUUUGAAGCACAGACUUCACGAUACUUGAAUGAAUUUGAGGAGGUUGCAAGGCUAGGAAGUGGAGGAUAUGGCAAAGUAUACAAGGUCAGAAACAAGUUAGAUGGUCAGUUCUAUGCUAUUAAAAAAAUUAAAAUUAAGAAGGCUACAAGAAGAGAUUGCAUGAAGGUGCUCCGAGAAGUCAAAGUGCUGGCUGGGCUGCAGCAUCCCAAUAUUGUAGGCUAUCACACUGCUUGGAUGGAACAAGUUCAAACAGUACAUCCAAAAGGUAAAACAAUGAUGGAGUUGCAGCCACUAGUUUUGGAACAAAAGAAUAGCAAUGAUCACUGUCACAUCCAGAGUGUGGAAAGUGGUAGUUCAAUUAUCUUUGCUGACCUUACCUCACAAGAAAAGAAGUCCUGUGACAGUACCAGUCUUAAAAAUGUGCAUAGAGAAUCAGUGCAGAAUAUGGAUGUAAGGAGUGACUUUACAAACAGCAAUAGCAAAGAGUGUGUGAAACCAAAUAAAGGUGAAUUAUCCACAGAACUACAAAGAGGCUUUGUAAAUAAUGGUAACAGUUUAUCAACUGAUGUGGACAAUCAUUCAAUACGGGGACCUCAUUCCAGUCUGGAUCAAGAUGCUAGCACUGAAAGCAAGUCCUGCUCUGAAAGCAAGUCCUGCUCUGAAGGAUGCUCCAAAAAUGAGGUAGCACUCUGUGGAGAGUUCGAGGUGGAGUAUCACUUGAUGCUUCAUAUACAAAUGCAGUUGUGUGAAAUAUCCUUGUGGGACUGGAUUGCUGACCGUAAUAAAAGAUGUAACAAGAGAUCAGAGGACACUUCUAGUCCAUACCACCUGGUGGAUGUUCGCUGGACAAUGAAGAUUUUCCAGGAGGUAGUAGAAGGAGUUUGCUAUAUCCACAGCAUGGGAGUGAUGCAUCGAGACAUUAAACCUAGAAAUAUCUUUCUACAUGGAUCAGAUCAUCAGGUAAAAAUAGGUGACUUUGGAUUAGCCUGCAAAGACCUUCUUUGGGAUGAUGCAGGCUGCAGACAGAACGGAUCCGUUCUGCAGACGGAACGGAUAAAUGGACUGACACAUACUUCAGGAGUGGGAACCUGCCUCUAUGCCUCACCAGAACAACUGCAGGGAUCUCACUAUGAUUUCAAGUCAGACAUGUACAGCAUGGGUGUUAUCCUGCUAGAACUCUUCCAACCAUUUGGAACAGAAAUGGAAAGAACAGAAGUUCUUACACAUUUAAGGACUGGCCAAAUUCCUCACACUUUCUACAAGAAAUGGCCUACUCAGGCCAAGUAUGUGAAACUCCUCACCAGUCCAAGAGCUACGGAACGCCCAACAGCGGCUCAGCUUCGGGACAGUGAACUCUUCCACACCACAGACCAGGUUAUUUCUAACCUCCAACAGAAGGUGAGACAACAAGAAGAAGAAAUACAGAAACUGAGGGAGACAAUAAGACAGCUUUCUGAAGAGCAAGAUGAACAAACAAGACAAGGCUCUCCUGUUUAAGUACAGGAAGAACUACCCUUGAGUGUGUGUUAAAUUAUAUAAAAUGUUUCUUUUUUACAUAAAAUACUUCAAUGCAUUUU